AUGGCAGAGAACCCAGCUAAAACCAACCUGUUUCUUUACGUAGCCAUCCUUGGGCUUACUCUUGGGAGUGGCAUGCCCCUGGAGGACAUGGACUCACAGGAAAUGAUUGAUUUAACCGAUGUGAGUGAUAUCAUUUUUGGUAAUCCGGAUACUGAGACCACGGGCGCUUUGGUGGAGGCCCACAAUGAAGAAUCCUCGCAGAACCCUGAGGAACUGGGCACCUACUACGAAGGUGAUAUACUCAUUCCACUGAGCUAUCGCGAGGGCCGAUCUAACGGAACCCGGAAUGGUAUUCUGGCGCUGAGUUCCCGCUGGCCGGGCGGCGUUGUUCCCUACGAGAUCAAAGGACCUUUUACCAGCCAGGAGAUGGGAAACAUCAACCAUGCUUUUAAGGAAUACCACACAAAGACCUGCAUUCGUUUCAAGCCCCGCACCACCGAGAAGGACUACAUUUCCAUUGGAAGCAGCAAAUCUGGCUGCUGGAGCAGCAUCGGUCGCCUGGGUGGCCGCCAGGAGGUCAAUCUCCAGUCCCCCAACUGCCUGCGAACCUAUGGAACUCCCAUUCACGAACUGAUGCACGCCCUCGGAUUCUUCCAUGAGCAGAAUCGCCACGAGCGGGAUUCCUAUGUCCGCGUCAUGAACGACAACAUCAAGCCCGAGAUGAUGGCCAACUUUGAGAAGGCCAGCUCCAGGACUCAGUCUGGGUUUGGAGUGGACUACGACUAUGCCAGUGUGAUGCACUACUCGGCCACGAGCUUCUCCCGAAACGGCCAACCCACUUUGAAGGCCCUGCGUGCCAGCUCCGAUGCCAGCCAGAUGGGUCAGCGACGUGGAUUCUCCGCCGGAGAUGUACGGAAAAUCAACUUAAUGUACAAGUGCAAGAAGUGA